UCUACAAGUUCUUGCGAUUAAAAUAAAAUUCAAUACAUAAAUAAUAAACACGUGCACCGAGUUAAAAUUGAGGAGAAAAUUAAAUAAAUAUAUUUGUUUACGUAAAAUAAUAUCAUGAAAUAAACGUUAUGGUUUGUUUAGUAGCACCCGUUUUAAAGGAAGAAAUGGUGGAAAGUAAAGAAAGCGAUAUUCAAAUGAUUUCCGAAGAUGUAGCUUUUGACGACAACUUGGACGAUGAAUAUAGUUUAGUUCGUUUAGCCGGUGGCAGAUUAGUGGAUCAUCCACCUUUAAUUACUCCAAAUGGAAAAUACAUUUUGAUAAUAUAUUAUCAAAAAGUACUUAUGUAUUCUACAAGUACAGGGGAAUGGAUAAGAGAUUUUGAGGAGUCUGGGAAAAGUCCUCUUGUCAGUAUCGAAGUACUAUUGAAUGAUCCUCGCAAUUUAGUAGGUUGUUCUACUAAAGGCGAAAUAACUAUAUGGGAUUUGAAGAAUGGAAGUAUAAGCAGAAGGUCCAGAUUGCCGAUUAAUGGAGUGGUGAAAACAUUCACGCUUUUAAAUAUGUUAAACGGAUUAUUUUCUUUGAUUACAUAUAGAAAUCAAGAGAAUCGCUUAAAGUGGGAUAUAGUUAACAUGCAAGAAAACACGUUGCUAAAUUGUCCUCUUGAUUUGAAUUUAAAUGACAGCAAUGAUGAUAUUAUAACCACAGCUGAAACUAAUCUUUACCAUUAUUUUGUAAUAGCACAGAGGCAAAAUUUGUUAGUUGUUAACUAUAGAACGUGGAGAUUUAAGCUGUGGAAAAAUGCUCUAAAAUGUAAAAUAACAGCUGUUCAAGUACAUCCCACAGAGCUAUUGGUAGCAACUGGUGAUGAAAAUGGAAAGAUAUUUUUGUAUAGAGAUAUAUUUAAAUUUAAUGGAGAUUGCCAUAGUACUUUAUAUCAUUGGCACCAUAAUCCUGUAACAAGUAUAGCAUUCACUUUAUCUGGCUCGGGAUUUUACUCGGGAGGAUAUGAAGCAGUUUUGGUAAAAUGGAAUAUUGAUAGACCAGAUCUGAGAAAUUAUUUGCCUAGGAUGAGUGGACAUAUUUGUCAUAUAGUUGUAGGUGACCGCAAUAGGAAAAUUGCCAUCUCUACGGCCGAUAAUGGUGUUCAAAUACUAAAUGACCAACUUCAAUUAAUUUGCACUUUGCAAAAUUUUACUUUCGUUUUCGAAAACAAAUGUGAACAAAAUCAGCUUCCAGUAGGCUUAUUGUUAAAUCCUGUUAAUAAUAGUUUGGUUUCAAACGGUAGAUAUGGCCAUUUGCAGUUCUUUUCAACGCAUACAAAAAGCUUACUUUAUAAUAUUGAUGUUGUAAUGCAAAAUAAACUUUCAACUGAAGCCCAUAAAAUAUUGUACGAUACCGUAGUAACAAGGGCUGCGUUAAACGUUAAUUGGAUAGCAACAGGUGAAUUAUGGGAUGACGAGGAACAUGUGCCAGAACUCCGGCUUAAGUUUUGGGAAUACAAAAAGCAAAAUCAAACUUAUUCUUUAAAUACAAGCAUUGAAUUACCUCAUGAAGGAGGAAUCAAAGCUAUUAAAUUUUCAAGUUCACAUAGCGCAGAUAAUUUACUAUGUGCUACUUUAGGUAACGAUGCUUAUAUAAAAACUUGGUCCUUAGAAAUUAUUGAGAGUAUUCGCAAGAAACGACAAAUUUGGCUUUGUGUGGCAAAAACAAAGUACAAGGAUUACAACGCCUCGUCAAUAGACUUUUCAUCUGACGGCUCGCUGUUAUCUGCUACUUAUGGAAAUACGUUAUGUAUUUUCAAAGCUGUCGAUUUAAAAUUGAAAGCUGCUCUAACAGCUCCACCAGUAUAUGACGGAAGUUUUCAUAAAGUACAAAUAUAUUGUAACGAAAAAAAGAAUAACAUUACAGAAGUAGAUGAAAGUUAUAAAAAAAUAUUGGAUGUUUUUAAAAAUUUUGAAGAAGACGCUGGGAAUAAAGCUGUAGUAAAAAUCCUUCAAAAAACUUCUAUAAAAUCAAGGCAAAAAAUCAUGUCGUUUGCCCCAAUAUUACAAAGUAAAAAUAAUAAAAUUUUGUUUAAAAAAGUUCUACAAAUUCCAGAAUUGAAUCUUUUUCAAAAGCUUGUAAUUUUCCAAAAGCUUAACAUGCAAUUUGCUGUUUCUCCGAUUGUAUAUCCAAAAAUUAUAGAAUAUAUAAAUUCUAAAUUAAACAAAAAUACAAGAGAAACACAGUUACGAAAUUAUACCACAUAUCUUAGUUCAAAAUGUAAAUUUAAAGCGAAAUAUAAGCUUAGUAAAUAUUAUUUAAGGCAAAAUGUUUAUCAAAACAAAGUCAACGAAACCCUUAUACCACUUCUAGACAUGUUAAGACUUGAAGAUAACAACAGUAAUCUUCAGAAAAAUGUCGGUAAAACAAAUUGCAAUGGAUUUUCAGAUAACUCGUUAAUUAGCAAUUCCGAGGAAGUGAAACGAAAAAAAGUUGAUAUUACCAAAAAAUUGGAAGAUAUUCCGAAUAAUUUGCAGGGAAUAUCUGAGGUAAAAACUGUAAAUUUUGGGAAAGGUGAAUUUGCACACCUAAUUAUCAUAACAACAGAGUAUCGGGUUAUUAUAUGGAAUAUUUUGACUUUAAGAAUUCAAUUUGUAUUAAAGCUUUCUGUAAAAGUGAUGGCUGUUGACGAGAUAACAAGUUUGUGCGCUGCAUUUACUUGCAAUAAUGAACUGUUUGUGUUUCUUCCAAAUGCGCCUUUAUAUCUUUAUCGGCGAGCUGAGCUGCCCGAAAUAAAUAGCGCUUGUUGGGUGCCAAGGAAACAUCCAAAGGCAACUUCUUUGAAUUUGGACUGGCAAUCACUUUCGACACUUUAUUUUCUUACAGGGAUGCAGGAAAUAGUAUACCUGUCGACAACCAAAGACAAGGAAGCUCAAGAUUCAGUUGCCUUUGUAAAUGAUCCAAACGAAAUAACGCAGCAUUCAAUUUUUGAUGCACAUUCAUUCAGAAAAACGGACAAGAAAGCAGCAGUGAAUUUAGACACAAAUAUUAUGAAAAUUGGGGUACCUGGAAAUGCAGAAAUCAAGUCGAUAAUACAAAUGGCACCUCAUGCAUCUGCUCCAAUGAAUCUUUUAUGCAGCAAUUUCAUUCAAUCACUUUUGUUAAAACGUGUGCAAGAUACUGAGCGUAUUGAAAAACCUAACUUAGCAAAAACGUCAAAAAGUGAGAGCGACACCGAUAACGAAACUGACGAACUGUUUUUAAAAAUUAAGGAAAGGCAAAAACUUUUUAAUAACGUGGACUCCUUCGACAAAGUGGAAAAUUUGCAUGAUAAAAAAUUUAAUAGUAAGCAGCUGAAAAAGACACUGCAAGAGAUUUUGCCCGACACCAUUGAGUUUUAAUCAAAAGAAUUUUUUACAUGAUUCAAUUUGCAUUUUAGAUUAAAUAAAUAUUUUUUAAAUUUCAUUAUUUUGA